AUGUCAUCAUCUCGAUCACCUCCGUCUUUACCUGCACACAACUGUACCGCUCCUUUAUUGGACUCUGACCUUCAGGAAAAGUUUCUUCUUCCUCAUGCUAUGGAGGGCGUGCGUCUUGAUGAAUUUCUGUUUAACGGUGUCCUGGAACUUGCACGGAAACCUGAUGGAGUAAAGAGCUUGAACAGUAAAAACAUUGACGCUUUGAUGCAGAAGUUAAGUGAAAAGGAAACCCAAAAUACAAAUCUCAGGAGAAAAAUACUUGAAAGGGAGAAACUUGUUGAAGAACUUUCAUCCAGGCUUCAGCUUGAAAGGGUCAAUGUACAGAAAAAAGACCACCUGUCAAGUUCAGUGAGGGCAGUACAAGCUCACCUGAAAUGUCAGAUUCAAAGAAAAGAAGCGGAGAAUGGUGAAUUAAAAAUGAAAAUACAGGCUCUAGUAAAGAAAAUAGAAGAGUGGAAAUUUCAAGUUGGAGAAUAUAAGCACCAAGUGUUAGCCUUAAGGCAAAAAAGUGAGCAGAAGAAGACUGCUCUGAAAAAGGCAAUCGGGUCCCAGAAACAAAGAGCCAAACACUUUGAAGCAGCUGUGGAAAAUUUAACCUCCAGAAUAAGAGAACGUGAAGUCCAACUGUCUGAGGUACAGACAGCUUCUGACGUCGAGAAAAAACAGCAUGAUAGAAUGGCUGAAGGAAAGACACAGUUAGAAAUUCAAUCAGAAGACCUCAAGAAACAGAUCACAAGCCUGUUGGAAGACUUGAAAAGAAAGGAGGAAUGGAGAAGCAAGUCAGAUGAGGAAAUUCUUGGAAAGCUAAGUUCUGACCACUCUGAAAAUGAAAAGAUUUACCUUGAAAAUGAAAAAUUAAAGGCUUCCAUUGCUACAUUGGAAAACAGUACUGUUUCUGUUGAAAGUGAGCUGCUAAAUCUGCAAGAAAAGGCAAAGCUGCAGGAAAACCUUGUUGAACAGUAUAAAGAUCAGGUACAAAAAUUACAAACAGCAAUAGAAGAAUUGAGACCCAGGUAUGAAACAGUCUUAAAUGAAAGCAGGAUAAGAGAAACCAAAUGCGUAGAAGUAGACACGGUGAGGGACAAACCAGAGGCCGAGUUAAAGGAGUUGGAACACGUCUGUAACUUGCUGACAGCAGCUGAGGAAAAGCAGCAAGGAUGUCAGGAACAGCUUGUGUCCCGGGACAGGAUCCAUGCACAGAAAUGCAAACCCCUUGGGGAGCUGCAGGUUCAGCAGGAAGACAGUACAACUUCUGUGGGCAGUCAUUCCUCAGAAGAAGAAAACCUUAACAUUCAGAAGAAAUACGGAGAUCUUAAAAGGCAAUUAGAAAAGGUGGAAUUUCAAAAUGAAGAACUUGCUUGUCAGCUCAAAGAACAUGAUGAGACUCUUCAGUGCAGCAGAUUGCAGCUUGAAGAGAAAAUGGCAGAAUAUAAUGGACUAACCAGGCAACUGGAAUCUGCUUUGGAAGAAGGGAGAAAAAUGGUAGCUGAAGAACUGGAAAAAAUGUUAUACAAAGAGCAAGCCCUUCAGGCAAAAAUCCUUGUUCUGGAAACUGAAGUGAGAGAGGUGCAAGAAGAGAAGAAACAACUCCUCUGCGUAUUUCACCAUAAAAAAGCCCACUAUGAGGUAUGUUUGAAAGAGCUGGGUAACAGCCUGCAGAAAGCAGAGAACAAGAACCAAAGCAUCCAGAAUUAUGUGCAGUUUCUGAAAGCUUCAUACAUAACAAUGUUUGGCUGA